UGUGUGAAUUGAUUCAGCAGACAAAGGUGGGCCAAAAUGGGGGACAGCAGAAACAAAUUCACAUUUACUAUCCCGCCAUUCAAGGCAUGCCACAACCUCCUGCGAACUUUCAGCGCCACCGCUUAUGCCGGACCUCAUUCCCUUUUUCAGUUGCAUAUAACUACUCUUUUCUUCCCACUCUUCUCCAUUACAAAGCGCCUCCUUCAAAGAUUCAAGAAUCAGCAAAAUAUUUGCACAGAGCUCUGUAGAUCAGUAAUGGAGAGAAGCCAGAGCCUGGAGAAGAUAAGGCAGAUCACAAAGAAGUUGCAGAGGCUUGGAAGUCUGAAGAAAACGCUUUCAUUUAAGCUGCGCCGCCGCUUUAUCGACCAGGAGGAGGAAGAUGAGAACCAGAUUGAAAGGAGGCGCUCGGAAAGUUCUGUUCCGCGAGGUCACAUGGCGGAUUACGUCGUGAAAGAGGAUCGGCGGCGGUCUGAAAGCUCUGUUCCGCGAGGUCACAUGGCGGAUUACGGUGUAAAGGAGGAUCGGCAGAGGAAGCGGCGGUUGGAAAAUUCUGUUCCGAGAGGUCACCUGGCGGUUUACGCUGCAAAGGAGGAUUGCGAGGGGAGGCGGUUUGUUAUUCCGGUGGAUUAUUUGAAGCAGCCUGUAUUUAAAGAUCUGCUGCGAAUGGCAGAGGAGGAGUUCGGCUUUGAUUAUGUUACCGGACUUCUUACUAUUCCCUGCGAUCCAGAACUAUUUGAGGAGAUUAUUGAUAGAUUGAAAGUUUCAGGAGGCCUUCAUGUGUAUUACAGUCCAGUGACAUCUUUAACAUCCUCAUGUGCUUACAAUUCCAAGUCUAAUUUCAGUAAUGGCAAGAUUCUGAUGGUGCAAUGAGGAUCUUAUUGUGCUUCAAAUCAUGUAUUAUAGUAUUUAACCUUGAAUUUUGAUGCUGUCGCCUUUAUUUCAUUUUCUAUCUUCCGCCAUGGCUUUGAAUGGCAUAAUUGAGGGAAAUGAUGUUGUUAAUGUCAAAAUAUUGACAUGGCAGUUUUGGCAGAGCACCAUGGCAGGGCAAAUAUUGAAGUUCUGAAUUGUAAUUAGUACUACACAAAAGCUCAGAAGCUUUUUUUUUGCUUUCCUGUAUAUAUAUUGGGGUUUAAUCUGUAAAUGCAUGAAUUCGCAUUGGUUGAUUAGCCUCUGACUUUCAUGCAGGAUUGAUCUCUGUAAAGCAUUGUUUCAAAAUUCAGGGAAAUUUAAAAGGGGCAAGUCA